GAACAAUAGGAGGAAACUUAAAAUGCCAGGUCCUCUGGUAAAGGCGGCUGUCCUGCUGGGAGUGGUGUGUGGAGCUGUGACUGAUGGAAGCUAUGCUUCCCGUGGUGGAAGCUUUGGAGGUGGAGCUGUUGGAGGCGCCAUCUCCGGAGGACAAGGAGGUUUCGUAGGAGGCAAUUUUAUUGGAGGAGGAAGAGCAGGUGUUGGGGGAGGUAGCUUCAUCGGAGGAGGCGGAGGCCAUGGUGGCUUCGGCGGAGGCAGAGUUGACGCAGGUCACCUCGUUGGACACGGUGUGCUCCCUGCAGGUGGCUACUCCGGAGGUGUUAUUGAAGGCCACGGCGGAAGCGCUGGAGGUUUCAUCGGAGGUGGAAGCUCUUUCGGAGGCACCGGUGUGGGAGGUUCCUUCGGGGGAGUCAGCUCAGUAGGAAGCUCCUUCGGAGGUUCCAGUGUGGGGGAUUCCUUCGGAGGCCCCGUUGGCGUAGUAUCUUCCGGACGCGUCAGUGGAAGGUACGGCCGAUAACCUUACCU